AUUAAAAAAUUCGCCAAACUAAACACAAAUUCCGGUCCACAACAAUUAAUGGUGCAGUCAGUUAAAUGUGAGUGAAAAACAAACAUGAGCAUAGAGGAUUUUGAAACUGAGACCAAUGCACACGGAUGCUGCGGACGCAACAAAUUGUCGAUAUGUUUGGCGAUGUUUGUAAUGUUCCUAAUAAUAGCUCUAUCAUUCGUUGUUUUUCUUUUCAUUGGAUUCAUAGAAAGUGGCGCAUCUCAAGAAGAAUGCACGAAUUCUGCUUGCAUCAAAGCAUCAGCUCAAAUAAGCGAAUUUAUUGAUGAUACAGUAGAGCCCUGCGAGGAUUUCUAUGCCUUCGUCUGUGGAAAAUUCCAAAAUCUGGCUUACGAAAAACAAAUAAACAACUUACUAAACGCCGAACGAGAAAGAGUAAUUCGUCAUUUUGACACUCUCAUAGUGGAGCCCCCUCAACUUCAUGAACCUCAACCUGUCAAAAUGCAAAAAACCUACUUCCAGGCGUGCUUAAACGAAGAAGACUUUGAUGAAGACAACUAUCAGACCCUUUUUAAAAAACUUUUAGAAAUUGGUGAUUGGCCAUUUCUUCGAAAACACAACGAAUGGGAAGAGAAAAGUUUUGAUUGGGUGCAAGUGAUGAUUAAAACCCGAGAAUUAGGUUUACCGUUUGAGUGGUUUUUAAAGGUGGAUCUUUUAAGUCACGAUAAUUAUGAAUUAAAGCUUUCUCAUCCGGAAAAUUGUGGCGUUGAACUUACGGAGGAAUAUUUUAUUAUGCAGAGAGCCAUUUUAGAAGAGUUGGUGCAACUAGGAAUCGAUGCCAUUUAUGAAUUUGUGCAUUUGGAGAAAUUUCAGAAAGACUUAAACGAAAUUUGUAUUAAUAAAAGCCAAACGGAAAUUUUUCCAACCAGGAUGAUUCAACUACGGCUCGAGAACGUGAAAGCGACGAAUUUUUUAAAGGCUAUUACUGGACUGACACAUAGGUGGAGACCUGACUCCACGGUAGCCUUAAACGCGGAUUAUCUUUUUGAGCUGAAUCACUUAAUAAAAGUAACACCGAAAAAGGUGCAGGCCAACUACAUACUGUGGAAAAUUAUAGAAUAUUUUGCUCCGUACUUGUCAAAACCAAUUAGGGAGAGAUACGCUGAGUAUUUAAGCGAGACGUCUGAAACAGAAAUCAGUAGGUUCCAGUUUUGCCUCGACGACACCAAAUCCAAGUUCAAAUUUAUAUCUGAAUUUGUUCAGCUCAAAGAUUACGCACAAUCUUCAGUCCAAGAGACGGGAAUAGAGUUGGUUGAUUCACUGAAAGAGGAAAUCAUAGGUUUUAUUAAAAGCGUCGAAUGGAGAAACAACAGAUCGGUAGAAUCGUAUUCAAAUUUUUAUGACAAUUUAGAAGUCAUAAUCGGUGGGACCGAAAGCAUGUUUGAAGAGAGUUUUCUGACUGAUGAAACUCCUGUCGGCAAGCUUGUGUUCUACUCUGAUAAUAUAAUUCAAAUGAUUAUUGACUGGUAUAGAAGUAUAUUCGCAGCUAAAAUGGUGCUGAUCGGAGAACCGACUACAAUGGAUUAUGAGUUUGUUCACGACGCGAAUUCGAAGUUUGAAGUGGUUUUAGACAAUACUGAGCAGAUAUUAGUUCUACCAGCGUUGGCAUUUUUCAGUAUUUUGUAUGACGCCGAUUUGCCACAAUACCUCAACUACGCUGGUCUAGGAAUCCACACCACUGAAAAAUUAAUACGAGGUCUACAACUCUUAACCAAAACUAAACAUGAAAGUUACAAAAGUUUUGAAGAAAACAAAAAAUGCCUCAUUAAAAAUUUGCAAGAAUCGAACAAACGUUUGAAUGCAUCGCUCUUAUUUUCUCUGAACUAUGAGUCGCUAAUGGCACAACAAUUAGCUUACAAGGCUUAUCAAGUAUAUGUAGAAAAUAAUGAAGAAGAAAUGCAACUCGUCAAUUUGCCAUACAGCUCUAAUCAAUUAUUUUGGAUUAGAUCUACUCUGAAUUGGUGUUAUCAUGCACUCCCAGAAGAGAAAAGUAAUCCACAUAUGCAUCAAAUGCUGAAACUCAGAAUCCUUGAAAGUGUUAAAAAUUCUGAAUUUUUCGCAGCAGACUUUAACUGUUCGGCAGAAGCACCCAUGAAUCCUGACAAUAAAUGUGAGUUGUUGUAGAAAAUUUUCGCUAGUAUACUAUUAAAUUACCUCCGAUUUUGUAUAAUAGAGUUACGUUCAAUA